AUGGCUUGCAAAACGAUAUUGCGUUCCGUUUUCCUAUCGGAAUCACGUCGGAGUUCCGGCGUAAGCAGGUGCUUCUAUGCUCCUCCUUCUCCGGCGUCAGUUCCGGUCCAUGGUUUGUUCCUGGCGCCAAAGAGUCUAUGUUUCAGUGGUUUUGCGUCUGUUCCCGAACGGGUCACUCGCCUCAAUUGCAGCCAUAACGAUCAAUCCGAGCAAGGUCCGCCCCAGGAAGCUGUCCUCAAGGCGAUUUCAGAAGUGUCAAAGACUGAUGGGAGGGUUGGGAAAACUACUAAUGUGAUUAUCGGAGGCACUGUAGCUGAUGAUUCUGCUAAAGAGUGGCUCGAACUUGACCAAAAGGUCAAUACAUACCCUACAGAAAGAGGGUUUACCGCAAUCGGGACUGGUGGCGAUGACUUUGUUCAUGCUAUGGUUGUUGCUGUUGAAUCUGUUAUUGAACGUGACAUUCCAGAGGAUUGUGUAAAGCAGACAUUAUCAAGCAAAGGCAAAUACGUGUCGGUGAAUAUUGGCCCUAUCCGAGUUGUCUCUAGCGAGCAGGUUCAAGCUGUGUAUAAUGCAAUGAGGAGAGACGAAAGAAUGAAAUACUUCUUGUAG